CACAAAUCUCUUCACUGUCCAUUGUCAUCCCUGUCUGUCUCUCACAGACAACACGACAGGCUAAAUCAGCUCCAACAGAUAGCAGAGAAAAGUUAAGAGCUUGUCCGCGAAGGAGAGAGGUUGAGCAAAAGACAAGGCAGAUUCGAAAGUGAGGCAGCCAACCAUGGCCAAACAGCAGUUGAAGGUGCUGAAUGCGCUUGAUGUUGCCCAAACGCAAUGUUACCAUUUUACUGCAAUUAUCAUUGCUGGAAUGGGGUUCUUCACGGAUGCAUAUGAUCUAUUCUGCAUAUCCCUUGUCACCAAAUUGCUUGGCCGCAUCUACUACCAUGUUGAUGGGGCAGCAAAGCCCGGCACAUUGCCUCCCAAUGUAUCAGCUGCGGUUAAUGGUGUAGCACUCUGUGGAACACUCGCAGGCCAACUCUUCUUUGGAUGGCUUGGUGACAAGAUGGGCCGAAAGAAAGUCUAUGGCUUGACAUUGAUGCUCAUGUUCUUUUGCUCCAUUGCUUCUGGUCUUUCCUUUGGUCAUAACGCAAAAGCUGUCAUGAGCACUCUUUGUUUCUUUCGGUUUUGGCUUGGUUUUGGCAUAGGGGGUGACUACCCACUUUCUGCAACCAUUAUGUCUGAAUAUGCUAAUAAGAAGACUCGUGGAGCCUUCAUUGCAGCAGUGUUUGCCAUGCAAGGGUUUGGCAUUUUGGGUGGUGGUAUAUUUGCCAUUGCCAUGUCUUCCAUAUUCCAGGCCAAGUUUGGUGCUCCUACAUAUGAAGUUGAUCCAGUUGCCUCCACUGUCCCACAAGCAGAUUAUCUGUGGCGAAUUAUUCUAAUGGUCGGUGCACUUCCCGCUGCGCUCACAUACUACUGGCGCUUAAAGAUGCCCGAAACUGCUCGCUACACAGCCCUUGUUGCCAAGAAUACAAAACAGGCUGCAUCUGAUAUGUCAAAGGUUCUGCAGGUUGACAUUGAAGCAGAACCGCAAUCGAAUGAGCAGCCAAAAGCUGGAUUUGGGUUGUUCUCUAAAGAGUUUGCUCGUCGCCAUGGACUCCACUUGCUUGGAACAACAAGCACAUGGUUCUUGCUUGACAUUGCAUUUUACAGCCAAAAUCUAUUCCAAAAGGAUAUCUUCAGUGCAAUUGGAUGGAUUCCUCCAGCAAAGACCAUGAAUGCCAUCGAGGAGGUCUUUAGAAUCGCAAGGGCACAAACACUAAUUGCUAUGUGCAGUACUGUGCCAGGCUACUGGUUUACAGUGGCUUUCAUUGACAGGAUUGGAAGGUUUGCCAUCCAACUGAUGGGUUUCUUCUUCAUGACAGUGUUUAUGUUUGCCCUGGCUUUUCCUUACAACCACUGGACUCACAAGGAUAACCGCAUUGGGUUUGUGGUUAUGUAUUCCCUCACUUUCUUCUUUGCAAAUUUCGGGCCUAACGCAACCACAUUUGUCGUGCCAGCUGAGAUUUUUCCAGCCAGAUUACGGUCUACUUGCCAUGGCAUAUCUGCAGCAUCAGGAAAGCUUGGAGCCAUGGUGGGUGCAUUUGGUUUCUUGUAUUUGGCUCAGAACCAGGACAAGGCCAAGGCAGAUGCAGGGUACCCAGCAGGCAUUGGGGUGAAGAACUCACUCAUUGUGUUGGGUGUGAUCAACCUCUUGGGCUUGCUGUUUACUUUUCUAGUGCCCGAAUCAAAGGGUAAAUCAUUGGAGGAGAUGUCAGGUGAGAACGAGGGUGAAAAUGGAGCAGGAACAGAAUAAGAGCAGCCAGAAGUUCACAAUAAAAUGGCCAUUUGGGUCAUCUAUUUUUUUCUUCAGAAAUUUUGAAUCAUGUUGUAGUUUGUACGUUUGAUUAAAGAGAUUGAUUAUUUUUCCUGUGUUGUGAUAUUUAUUAAAAUUAUCUUACUUGCAUUCUUCUCCCUCCUCAACUCGGUAGAAAGUAAUUCCUUUCUACAAAGUAAUGACCUUUCUCUAGAAUCAUAACAAAGAAUCAUUUUAUCAUGUUUUUUUAUCCAAUAAACUGUCCGACCUUGUUUUGCUCUCCGACCAUUGGACACUCAACAAUAUAAAUUAACCUUCGAACAGCAGUAGGCUUGGCUUGUUCGAGAUAUUUUGAGCAUGCUCUGGCAAAAGCACGUUUGCAGGCUUCUUCCUGGCUAACAAGUAACCAUUCUGCAUAAUACUAACAUUCAGGUGAGAUAACAACAACAAACGAUAGUAUGGAAUAUAACUUCUUGAAGAAAAUUUGUCUGAGAAAUUAAAGGGAAAAUGUGAAAUGCAUAGCUGCAAAAAUAUUUAGGUUCCCGUGGGAGACUUUUCUACUCGGUUGGGACUUUGGUGUGUGCAUUUGGGUUCUUGUAUUUCUCUAAGAACCGGGUUAACACCAACGCAACGUGAGGAUUUUGCUCCUCCUGCUGGGGGAAAU